GUUGUGUGAUACAGACGACUUAUUCUACAGACACACGGCACCGAGCGCUCAGCGGUGUAGUCCCUGGUGUGGUGUCCUCGGGGGGACCUGUGUGGCUAUACCUAUGGGGAAGGAGCUGUCUUAUAGUUUCUCCGAGGCUCAGCAAAUGCCACAUCCAAGAUGGAGGCUAUAUAUGCCAGCGGUGAUCAUGUGACACAGCUGCCGACCAAUCAGAGAGCCGGGCUGGAGAUUGCUGGGGAGAAGUAGUCGACUGGAGUCAGUUUAGUUUGGGCCAUCUAGUAUCUGUGUCCGCCUCCCUCCCCCUCAGCGAACCAUGAAGGAAGACAAGGAGAACACUAAGCCUAAGGAGAGGAGAGGGGAACACUCCGGGCUGGAGGAUGGGGACAAGCCGGAGAGGGCGAAGGAGAAGAAGGAAGUCAUGAGCAAGGUAGUAAUUCGUCGCCUGCCACCAAGUCUUACCAAAGAGCAACUGGAAGAGCAUCUGCAGCCUCUGCCAGACCACGAUUAUUUUGAGUUUUUUGCAAAUGACUCCAGCUUAUUUCCUCAUAUGUACUCAAGGGCAUACAUUAAUUUUAAAAGUCAAGAGGACAUCAUGUUGUUUAGAGAUCGUUUUGAUGGCUACGUGUUCAUUGAUCACAGAGGUCAGGAAUAUACAGCAGUUGUGGAGUUUGCACCUUUUCAAAAAGUGGCUAAAAAGAAAAAUAAGAAAAAGGAUUCCAAGGCUGGCACUAUAGAGGACGAUCCAGAAUACAAAAAGUUUUUAGAGUCCUACAAUUUGGAUGAAGAGAAGCUGACUUCUACCCCAGAAACUUUGCUGGAAGAAAUCGAGGCAAGGACUAAAGAAAUGAUAGCGAAGAAGACUACCCCCCUGUUAAGCUUUUUAAAAAAUAGACAGAGACUAAGAGAUGAAAAGCGCGAAGAGCGGAGGAGAAGAGAGCUAGAACGAAAAAGACAACGUGAAGAAGAAAGAAGGAAGUGGAAAGAGGAUGAGCGAAGGAAAAGGAAAGAUGCAGAAAAACAAAAGAAGUAUGAAAAAACUCCAGAUAAAGAAUCGGAAAGAUCAAAAGAUGAACCUAAAAUUAAGUUGCUUAGGAAACCUGAAAAAGAUGAUGAACAGGAUUCUGAGAAGAAAUUUAAGGCCAAAAAAACUGAGAAAGAGACUGGGCGGGAAGAUCGCAGCUCGGCAGGAAAGAGACAGGAUGGUGACCACGGAGAGGAGAAGACCAAAAGAUCUGAAAAUGAAUUUGUAAAAGAUUACAGAGAAAAGGAUUACAGAGACAAAGAUUAUGAGCAAGAGCGGCGUGCGAGAAGGGAGAAGGAGAAACACCAGUAUGAAGAGGAGCGCAGAAAGCAAAGGGAUCGUUACGAAAAAGACAGAAGUUUCCGGAGAAGAGAGGAUGACUACAGGAAGGAGCGUGAAACUGUCAGAGAGAGGGCAAGGAAGGACACUAGUGAAAGUCAGCAAGCAACUGAAAAAAGCGAGCGCCAGUCCCGGGAGGAGAAGAAAGAAGAUGCCGCCAAGAGAGAUCGGAUAAAGAACAAGGUGAGCUUAUGCCUUGAUCGCCCAGCAAUGCAGCUGUACCAACCUGGGGCACGGAGCAGAAGCCGACUAACACAAUGCGACAAUAGCCCAGCCAAAUCCAGUGAUCUGUCUGAGAAGAAACCUGAGGGUGAGACUAGUGAUCAGUGCAAAGGCGAGUAAGGGGCUGAAAGAUGUGGAGUGUCCUGUCCGUCAUGACAACCAAAGAAAACAAACCCUGCAAUCCAGAAGUGCCUUCACAGAGAAGGAGCCGGGAGCAGGCAGAAGAGGUGUCCCGAGGUGGAGGAGCCUCUUUGAGGGGGUUUCACACCGUUUGGCAAAGAAACCACCAUGAAUUUUCAUAGCAACAAGACUGCUGACAGAAUGUUUAGUUCUUAGUGUUGUAGUGGUCAUGGUAAGAGAGAGAGCAUGGUGGAAAUCUUCAGUUUACAAUAUCUUGUCUCGUGGCCUUAAUGAAACAUGAGUCCUCCAUUCCUGUACUGGCAGAAGGUUAUAACAGAAGAGUAUUUUUGAAUGUUAUUUCAGCCCAGUAUUACAUAGGCUGUUUCCAUAGAGCUUGCCCUGUAUUUCAGUUUUGCAGUGUAGGUGUUAAAGAAUUUUGCUUUGUAUUCCUUCCGGGAGUCCAGAACAAUCGCUGCUGUACAAUGCUGUAAAGAUUCAGAGCAAUGCUGUAAUUUUUGGUUUUCCUAAUUAUUUUCUUACAGAUCUUUAUUAUAACAGAUGUCUAAGUUGGCAGAUUCUCAGUCAUAUGACAGCUUAUUUUAUCACUAAUGGAGCAUAUAAAGAGUUGGUUAUCCUUCCAAGGAAAUGUAACCUAAAUGUUUUCUUAACUUUUUUUCUAUUGAAAAUAAAAAUACUUUCACUGGAAACUAGAA